CAUUCAUCUUCUGCCUUUACUUCAUUUUGCUCUCUCCACAAUUCCCCUUCUUCUUCUUCCUCGUCGACCACUGCCAUAAGUGUAUCUAAACCUAAUCUUCAAGAUGGUUACCUUCACGCCUCAGGAUACUCUUCCCUCCCUCGGUAUUACAUCAGAUGAUCCCGUUUUCGCUUCCCCUCCAUCUUUCUCAGAAACCCUAGGUAUAGAAAACAUAGCGAUUACGAUCGAUCCACAGGAUUCCGAAGAAAAAUCCUCUACUGAAACUGAUUUUAUGAUACAAUCGUCCGCGGUUUGUGAAAUCAGAGAUAAUGACACCCUAUCUGCAAAUAUCGAAAAUUUUGACACUAAACCUGAAGAUAUGGAUAUCGACGACUCAAUUCCAGAAGCGAGGAAAGAUUUUUCCGUGCCAUUUUUUCUCAGGAAAAUAUUUCGAGAGGAAAUUGGUGACAGUACUACUGGAGGUGGUGUCCACAGGUUAAUUGCUAUAGCAGUUCAUGCCGUGCUGAUAGAUUCAGGUUUCGUUGCUUUUGAUCCUGUUUCAAAUAAGAAGAUUGAACGUUUUCACCUUCCUAAUGAAUUUUUUUCUUCGGAACAAACGCUGUCUCUCUGUUAUACCCUCCCUGAGAUCAUUGAUGAAAAGAUGGAAACUCAAACAGCAGUCUUGAAAUUCCAAGGUUUGGGAAAAUACAUGUCCAUAUAUGGCUCUUUGACUAAGAAUGGUUACGGGACACAUUGGGUUAGGUUUGAUAAAAACCGACUUAGUUUCUUCCUGAAUCUCGUAUGGGCAAAUUUCGAUUUGGCUAUUGAAUUGGCUGACCAUGCAUACCCUCAAAAGGAAGUUUUUGAAUUUUGGAAAACGGUAAAGGAUAAACUUGCUUUGCCUCUCUUAAUCGAUUUAUGUGAUAGGGCUGGCUUAACUCCUCCACCAUGUUUCAUGCGUCUUCCUAUAGAUAUUAAGCUUAUAAUUCUAAAAGCUCUUCCUGGUAAUGACUUAGCGAAAACUGCGUGUGUUUGUUCGGAAUUACGAUACUUGUGUUCCAAUGAUGAAGACCUAUGGAAGCAGAAAUAUGAAGAACAGUUUGGCAGUGGAACAGCAACAGAUGGACAAUGGAAAUAUAAGUUUGGAAAAAGCUGGGAACAGAAUAGGAAGAGUGGGGUUUUAAGGAGUGCUUUGAGGAUGAGGAUCUGGCCAUAUACGGUUUGGGGUCCUAGAAGGAAUGUGCAUCCGGUUUGGGGUUCUGAAUUUGAACCUCAAUUUAGAUUUUAUUAAAGGCAGCAAUUUGGGAGGACUUAGUCUCUAAUUUGGGAGGACUUAGUCUCUAAGUCGACAUUUACACCAAAAUGAGUUUGAAAAUGGGUUUUUCGGUUGGAGAUGGUCUAAGUCAGAUAACUUUAUAAGUCUUUGGUGAAUUAUGUUAAAGAUAGAUCUAUUUUAUGAUAACUGUUCUAGGUUUCAUCUAAUAAACCAUCAUCCUAUGCAUUGGAUCAAGUUUUAUUUAUUUAUUUCAA